AUGUGUGUCGUCUGCUUCGUGAAGGCACUGGUGCACUUGUUCAAGAUCUACCUGACAGCAAACUACACCUACAACUUCCGCGGCUGGCCUGUGGACCUCCGCUGGGAUGACGUGCACGCCGCCGCCGCCGCCGGGGGCCACAGCGGUCACCGGGGACUGACGUGCCCGGCAGCCGCGGCGGGCAUGUGGCUGUUGCAGGGCGCGGCGCUGGGCGAAGACGUGCAGGGGCGGCCGUCCCGCGGGGCGCGCAGCCAGGCGCAGUGCCUCCUGCAGCAGAUCAGUGAGCUGCCCGGCCAGCUCGCCAGCUACGUGCUGGCCCACUCAGUGGGCCGCUGGUUCGUGUACCCUGGUUCCAUGUUCCUGAUGACACGCGCGCUGCUGCCGCUCCUGCGGCAGGGCCAGGAGCGCCUGGUGGACCGCCACCGCGGCCGGUGCGCCAAGCUGGUGGCCUGUGACGGCAACGAGAUCGACACCAUGUUCAUGGACCGCCGCCAGCGCCUGGGCAGCCAUGGCCGCAGCCUGCGCCUCGCCAUCUGCUGCGAGGGCAGCUUCUACGAGAUGGGCUGUCUGUCGGCGCCGCUGGAGGCCGGCUAUUCGGUGUUGGGCUGGAACCACCCGGGCUUCGGGGGCAGCACGGGCGCGCCGUUCCCUCAGCACGACGCCAACGCCAUGGACGUGGUGGUCAAGUACGCGCUGUACCGCCUGCACUUCCCGCCCGCGCACGUGGUGGUCUACGGCUGGUCCAUCUGCGGCUUCACGGCCUCGUGGGCCACCAUGACGUACCCGGAGCUGGGCGCACUGGUGCUCGAUGCCACCUUCGACGACCUCGUGCCGCUGGCGCUGAAGGUCAUGCCCCACAGCUGGAAGGGGCUGGUGGUGCGCACGGUGCGCGAGCACUUCAACCUCAACGUGGCCGAGCAGUUAUGCCACUACCGGCCGGUGCUGCUGCUCCGGCGCACGCCGGACGACGUGGUCAGCACCUCGGGCCCCCUGCGCCCCCUGCCGUCGGGCGACGUGGAGGGCCACCGCAGCAACGAGCUGCUCCUGCUGCUGCCGCACCGCUACCCCGCCGUGAUGGCGCGCGAGGGCCUUACUGUCGUGACCCUAUGGCUGCGUGCCGGCAGCCUGGCGCAGGAGGCCACCUUCUACGCGCGCUACCGCGUGGACGACGACUGGUGCCUAGCCCUGCUGCGCUCCUACCGCGCGCGCUGCGAGGAUCGGCAGGAGGACGAGGAGGCCUGGGGCCCGCACGGGCUCGCUUUCCCCUGGCUAGUGGGCCAGGGCCUGAGCCGGCGGCGGCGCUGGCAGCUCGCGCGGUUCCUGGCUCGCCAGCACCUCAAGAACGUGGAGGCGACCCACUGCAGUCCGCUGGAACCUGAGGACUUCUAGUUGCCCUGGAGGCUGUAG